AGCUGGACCGACUGUGGGAGCAUCGAUUGGUGGAUGAGACGGCGCAGUGCGCGCCGGGAUGCCAUCAACUUCAGGCUGCGGGCUGUGCCCCGAGACAAAACAAACUUCAGGCGGCAAGCCGUGCGCCGAGAUGAAACAAACUUCAGGCGGCGGGCCGUGCACCGCAGCUGAGGCUGAGCUCCAGGAUGACAGGGCUUUUUCCGAUGGCUCUAUCUGUGAUCCCGGAGGCAUGAGAUCAGCUGAUGUCGGAAGAGUGAUCACAAUAGAGGAGUCGGGCAACACAAGACCAGAGGUGAUCAUCGGUGCAGGGGUCUCUGAAGCAGAAACUGGAGGCUCAGGCUGUGGUAUACACAAUCUUCGUGGCGCCGGCACCGGAGUGACGAGUGCCGGACACGCAGUGGAGGUAGCAACCGGGACAAGCGGCUCCGUUGGUUCUGGGUGCGAAAUUCUGGACACCGCUGGGUUUCGCCGUGGAGCAGGCUUUGGAGGUGACAUCUCUGGAACAGGAGGAGUGAGUCGCUGCCUGAAGCUCCCUCCACCACCCCACCACCACCAGUUGGACCCUGUAUGCCGCAGGGGAUGGGCUCUGCCCCCGCCUUUUUCAUUAACAGGAUUAGAGAGACACUCUGCUCACUGCACUGCCGCGGCGAAGAUCAAGGUGUAAAUGAACAUUAUACAU